AUGACUACGGUUUUAUUCUUCUGCACUGCCAACGUCUCCGUUGAGCUCAUCAAAGAGUUCGUUGUGGAAUCUCAAAAACCGGAAGGCACAACAAACAUAUGGAGUCUCGUAAGGGAUCCCUCGCAGACAGAAUUCGACGAAGGAACUGUAGGACCCCUGGACCCAGUUGAAACUGGCUUUCUUGAGUCUUCGGUAGACAACCUGGUCAAGUUUAUGGAGGGUCUCCCUGAAGAAGACGAGACGAUUGUUAACGAUACGUUGGUUAUUCUUGACGGGCGUAGCACACGUGAUAAGACCGUCUUGAUUCACCAUUCGGUUUAUGAAAUGCCUGAUGAUGUUGAGGAUGGUGAAUGGGUCGAUGAGAAGGCGAUCAAGUCUUGGAAGCAUUGGAGGGUACCGUUUACUUCUGCUGCUUACCUUGCGAUGUAUUUGGAGAACAAUGCGUACGAUUUCGUCAAGAGUUGGGGGUUUACAGCUAAGAAGGAUAAUUUUGUUGACCAGGAGGGCGUACUCCGACUUCCGACUUUGCCAAUGAAGGAAUUCGACAUGCUGGAUGAUGACGGAUGGCCAGCUUGA